GUGAAUAUGUAAUUAAAUGAAUAGAAUACGCGGUGAUUGUGUAUCGAAACAUAUUUGCUAUAACCGCACGACACGCGAUAGUGCUUGAACAUUGACUAUCAUAUAAAGAAGUUGACAUUUUCUAAAAGUAGUUAAGUUUAAUGUAACUAUCUGACAGCGAAGUAUACGUAUUGUUUAUCGAGAUUAGUGAAACUGAUUGUGCAAUAUGGCGAUUAUAUUUGAAUAAUAAGUACACGUCGUUUUAUUAUUGUUUCGCUAACGUUGCGGGGAUUCUAUAUUAUUCUUGCAAUAAUCCGAGGAUAAUGAAUAUAUACCAAUUGUGACACACGCGCGCACGCACUCACACACACACACACUGUUGCAAUUAAAAAUCGUAAGGAUUUAAUAUCAGUCGUAAAGACGUGAGGAGUGAAAAGAAGAUUGAGGAAUAAAAAAAGGAUAGUCCUUUCUGUACAUUUUGCACAGAGCUUUAAUUUAUUAUGUAUAGUAAUAGGUUGUGAUAUUUUAAAGUUUGUGUUAGUAACUUGAUGAAGCAUUAGAAUGAACAUUACUUUAAAUGUACAGAUUUCUUUAAAGUAUUUCAUUUUCCAAAAUAAGAAGACCUUAAUUAGAUAAACUAUGCAGCAUAUAAACAUUAAUAUAAUAGGUUUAGUGUAUUUUAAGGGUCGCAUGACAGUGAAAAGAACUGUAGACUCAAAUGCACUUUGAUAAUUAAAGUGUCUUAAUUAACAGUGUGAUGAGCAGCAGUGGAUAUCGUGGAAGAAGCUUUGGACCACGAGGAGCUCGUACAAAUGGUCCAGCCAAUGGCUUUAAUGUGCCCAGAUAUCCACAUCCUAGUUUUAAUCAUCCACGACCACCAUAUAGGUUACCUGGUCCUGAGAAAUGGAUAGAACGUCCAAAUUUUCCACCAUGGCAGCAGAAUAAAAAUUUUCAUUUGCAAUAUAGAGGAAAUUUACAAUAUCGACCAAGUAGCAGGGGUAGAACAAUAGGUAGUCGUGGAAUAAUAAGAUUUUCUGGGCCUGGUAGACCAACAUCAUCUCAAUUUCACAUGGGCUUUAUAAGAAAUCCUAUACAUACAGCAUUAUUACCCCAAGAAGAAUUAAUUGUAGAUAAGCCUGUAUCAAUACCACAAACUCCCUUGCUUGGUUCUGAAGAAGAACGUCAACAAAAGAUUGCAGAAACAGCUGACAAAUUAAAGAAAAAAUUAUCCUCUAUAACAGAACAAGAAAUUACAAAUUUUUGGGAAGAUGAUUUGCCUAUAUUACCAAAUAAUGGUUCUGAAGAAGAAACUACUCGAAAUAAAAUUAUUCCUGAGCUUAGACACGAACCACCUGAACUUAACUUGACAUUUACUGACCUUAGAGAUAUAGGCAGGAUUGAUUGUAAUAAUUUAAAAUUUGGAAAUGUAGAUAAUGAAUCUAAUAAUGAGAUUUCAAUUGGUUUUGAAAAGAAGUCUACAGAUAAUGUAAUAAGUAAAAAUAAUGAUAUUACAAUUACAGAUGGAGAAGAAUCCUUAAUCAUCUUGGAUUCAUGUGACAAAGAUGACUUGAAACAGACAAAUAAGUUAUUGGAAGAUGAUAAAUGUCAUGAACAAAUACAUAACGAAUUGUCUGAUUUUAAAUGCAACAUAGAAAACUUACAAUUGCAAGAUAAUAAUAUUCCAGAAAGUUUGAUAUCUUCAAACUCAAAUAAUGUUAAUGAAAAGUUAUUAACUUUGAAUUUAGAUGAGAAUAUAACAAAUUUAUUACCGACAGAUUCAGUAAAUAUUUCACUGCCAGAAAGAGCCUUAGAUAUUAAUGAUAUAGAAACGAGUUCUAUAUCAGUAUCAACUACAGAUGAUCAAAAUGAGUUAAAGAUAGAUUUUCUACAAAAUCAAAACACUGUGCAAAUACAUAUACAAGAUCCAAAUAGAGAUAACACACAGGAUACUAACAUCAAUAUAAAACAUAAUAAUCACACAGAAACAAAGCUGCUUGAAGAUAAUCAAAUUCAAAAUAAUUUACAAAGAAAUGUACCCCAAGAGGUAAUUCAUCAAAAUUUGGAAAAUGUAUCUGAUUGUCCUCGAAAGAGAUCACUUAAUUUUCUAUCAUCUAGUGAAGAAAUUCAUUCAAACAGUGUCUGUGAUUCUACAUCUUCGACAUAUUCAAAUUAUGAAGCAAAUAAAUUAAAUGAUGAUAAGAAAUUAAAUAAUCCACCUGUUUUUCAAUCAAAGGUCUUUAAUAUACCUCCUAGGCUAACUCUAAGGAUUGGGGGUCCUAGAGGCCAUUGGGUUUUCCAACAGAAUGGAAAAAAUUCAUCUUUUAGAGGAUCACAGAGAUUAUCCUUUCAUGGUAAUCGAAUACCUCCACCAAGACAUAUUGCAUCAUUUAAAUCAACUGAUUUAGUAUCAGUUGGAUUUGAUCCACUAGCACCACCACCAUUUAUGCAUAAUGUUCCUGUUUUAAAUCAUGACUGUCAGCACAAUCCAAUAGUGCUAUUUUCUUCUAAUGAUUUGCCUCCUGCUUUUGAUCCAAGCGAACCUCCACCAAAUAUAAGAUCAAAAUCAGGUACUGAACCAUCCAAUAAACAAGAAACUAUACAGUCUAUGCCCUCUUUAGAUUUGAAAGGUCAAACACUAAGUACUUGUCAAAAUAAUUUAAAAGUUAUACAACAAUCGCCUGCCUUUGAUCUCAGGGGACCACCUCCGAGAAUUUCAAACGUCUCAGUAACAAAUAAUGAAAAAAUACCUGAAUUUAAUCCUCAACACCCACCGCCAAAAAUUCAUAAAAGGGAGGAAACCCUCCAACCUCCACCAAUUUUUGAUCCGCGACUUUCAUCUCAAGAACGUUCUAAUCUACUUGUACCUUUAGAUGUAUCUAUGUCAACUACAGUGCCACUGAAUUUAAUGGACACAUCACCAGCAUCAGAUUUUAACAUUGGUCCCAUUGUACCAAAUUUUGCACAAUUACCUCCUAUAAACAUACCAUCGCGUCAAUCUUUUAUUUCUAAUGUACAGAUGAACUUUUCAUCUGUUAUAUCACAAACAAGUAGCGGACAAGAAAUAACGAGGGAAUUUCCAUUGCCUCUACCUCCUAUGAAUAUCACUGAAGUUCUUCUACCGCCAUCAAAAGAACCUUCAGUGGGAGAAAAUUCCAAUCCUAAUCAAAGCAUAAACAUGGAUGAUGGGUUAGAAGAUAUGCAAGAAGCAAUGGAAUUUGCAAAGCAAAUAAUGAACUUGACAGAAGAAACAAACGAUAAAGAUAAACCUACAGUUUCUGAAUUACCAUUGACACCAUCCAAAAUUCCAAUACCAAUCGAAAGUAUACAUCGCUCUUUGUCAGUAGAGGAAGGAAAUACAAGUAAUACAAGAAGACAAAGAAAAUAUAGGAAUAAGAAAAGUAGACAAAAUGUAGUCUGUGGACCAGAACUAAUUUGUGAGAAACAAGAGGAUAUCAAGGCAAUAGAUGAGGAACAAAGUGUACAAAAUCAGAGUAAAAAUACCGAAAAUGCAUUAUUGGCAAAUGAUCAAAUAAGACCGAAGGUGAUGUUCAACUUAAACUUCAAAACAAAGAAAAUACACAAACCGGAAGAGUGGCAUAAGACCGUUAUAAAUAUUUCUGAAAACAGAGAAAUCUUGCAACAAAGUGCAAUUCAAAAUUCAAAAAAGGAGAGGGCUCAAUUCAGGAAGCAUUCUUCUGAAAGUAAAAAUAACACGAACGAAAAUAAAAAUAAACAAAAAGAGGCGAAAAUUAACAAAAAUGCUGAUCCACAAGUCAUUCUUAUACACGAAAAAUCAAAUGAUACAUGUUAUCGUUAUAAAAAUUGCGGAGAUUUGGAAAAAUUACAUGCACAUUCUUCGAAUACAACACUAACAUCUAGUGACAUAGAUAUUCAAAAGAAUCAAAAAUCUAAAAAAGAAUCUGGAAAGAAAAAGGUUUUUACUCCAGAAGCUUUAUGGAAGGAAAGAGUGAUCAGUCGUUUCUUGAAAAUGAGUAAAAACGAUAUUUGCAAUAUGGUCAAUAAUUCGAGUCUUCGUAAAUUUGAUAUUGCAAUGGAACAUCUGGUGAAAGAAAGAAGGUCGUCUCUUUCUUUAGAACUGAGAAACAUGGAAGACGAGAAAAUGAAAGAAUAUGAUAGGAUAGAAUUUAUGAAUCAAUUGAACGCGAUGUUAGAUCCAAGCGCUGUUGUCGGUAUUACGGAUUUACCUACAGAAUUUAUUCAUCAUUUGAGCGAAGUUUUACAACUUGAUAUACCGUUUGAUACUGAAUUAUCCGAAAGUCAAAAUGUAGAUAUCGAAGAGAUUAAAAUUAUAAAUCAGAACGAAAAUCUGGGAGUACAUUCGUGUGAGGAUGUAAGGGAGGAGAGUCUAAGAAUCCCAUCUUUUACCGAGUAUCAAGAUCCUCAAGACGAAGAACACGCAGAAGAUAAAUCUAUAUAUAGUAAAGAAGAAUCUACUCACUAUUCUUUAAAUACAGAAUCGAAUGUUAAUAUUUUACGACAGGAUACAAAUUCGUCGCAUCGAUCACUAUCGAAUGAUCGUGAAAUCGAGAAUGCGCAUAAAAAACAACAGCAACCACUAUUUAACGAAGCUGACUUGGAUGAUAUAUUGUCUCAAGUAACAGAGAGAACGAAGAGUUUAUCAAACGCAAGUUUGCCUGUGGAACCGGAGAAGAGCAUUGAUACAGGUUCAAAUGUUUCACUGGUUCAAACAGUAACAGAAGCUUUUGAGUAUAAUACUUUCUCACAGAUUCCUAACAAAACAGUAGCUGAUCUCGAUGAUAUUUUUUCAGCUGGGAUAGUGCGAGUCAAACAAUUAGGUAAAAGUAACGCGGAUAUAGAUCACUUAAGAGCUCGUAAAUCCAGUUCCGAAGAUCGCAACACGCUUAGACACGAAAGGUAUGAAAGAUGGAAGAGAAAGGAGCGAGAGGAUCCGGAUACAUUUAGGAAUUUAACGAAAGAAGAAUGGGAAGCGAAGUAUGGGUUAACUAACACUUUGGUAGCUUCAACUAUUGUGCGAAAAAAUACCUCUAACAGCGCAGAAAAUUUAAGCAAAGAUGAGAGAAAUAAUCGGGCUCCGAGAUACUGCUCGUCGGAUUCACCAAUGAGACACUUAAGCAUAAGUCCUUUAACCCGCGAAGUUUCUGCGCGUAACUUAGAUAGGUAUAUUAGCGAUCCUAGCGAGAUAGAAGAACUACAAACAGCAGAAGAAUCGACAAGUAGUAGCGAGACCAGUUCAAGUAAUUUCAGCGACAGUGAUGAGGAAACUGUUUCUUCCAACGUGACAAAAUUGUUGAAAGUAAUAAAGGAAAAGGAAAAGAUCGCGAAGCAAAAAUCGCUCAAUGAAACCAUCAGAGACGAAGUAGUCGCUGAGAUAGAAAAGGAAUGGAAAGAAAAGAGUAAACACAAGGAACGAAAAUCUCGCAAACGUGAAAAAAGGAAAAAAGAUAAGAAAGAGAAACGAAGGAAGGAGAAGAGAAAAAAGAGGAAAAGGAAUUCUUAUUCGGGUUCGUCAAAAUCUAGCGAACAAACUGAAGAGUUUCGGGUACUGACAGAGGAUGAGAUCAAGAAAGAAGUAAUUGUCAAAGAGGAAUCGAUGAGUUCGUUCGAGGAGAAUGCUUCGUUGAACGACAGAAUUAAUAAUACUUCGGUUAAUAAGUCAGCUGACGCUCUAACUAAAUUACAAAGUUUACAAACAGAGGAAGACUGCACUGUACAUUCUGUUACUUCUGAAACCGUAUCGUCACAACCUAAGAACAAACCCACGAUUGUUUCCGUAGUGACGCAACGGAAAACUAAAGCACAACUCAAACAAGUGCCAGAAUCCAAUAAUGCGGAACAGAGGCAAAUUAUGGAGAAAUUAACGGAAUUUACAGAGAAUAAUACAGUGAAUGUAGAUAACGGAAAGACGAAAGAUCUUCUGGAAAUGAAUAAAGAUUACGAAAUAGCGACGAGUAAUAACGAACGGAUAAACAGAAUUUUAUCUAUGAAUAUCUCUUUAUGUCAAACUAAUGUACCUUUACUUACCGAAGAAUCAUCUCCGUCUAUUCAAUCGCACAGCGAAGCUAUCAGUGAUAAUGACACAACGCAUAUAAUGUCAUUUACAACCCAUAGUAGUUCAAAUCUUGUUCUUGAUACUAGUACGAAUAAUCAGUCUGUUAAUCAAAAAGCAUGUACAACUACUUACUCAGUGGAAAACAAGAGUGGCGGUUAUAAAAAGAUAGAUAUAAAAGCAUAUAAAGAGCGCGCGUUGCAGAGACGUUUGAACGAAUUAGGCGUAUUAAAAAAGGCUCCUGCAAAUUCUGCUUCGUUGAUUCGAGAAUCUCACCAUUCUCUACCUACCGAUAAAUCUAACGUUGAAUCGUUAGAAGCAAUAAGCGAAAUAAAAAGUGGAAUUGAUACAAAUAAAGAACAACUAACGGAUCCACGGUUAAGUAUGGUAAGGUCAACGAGUACGCCCACUUCGGAGGAUUCUGAUAAAGAAGGGGUUAGAGAGAAGAAUAAUUUGGAAGAAGAGCAUCAGACCAUGGAUGUCGCACAAGAAACUAAAAAAGCCGUGAAUUCUAUACAACCGAAAAACUUCAACCAGAAGAAUGAAACUCGAUGCAUGGAUAUUGAUUCAAACGCUUUUAAAGACUUUGUAAAACGUAUGGAACGCAGAAAUGAUAACAAAUCCUUGUCGAAAGUAAUUGUCGAGCAAGAAUUCGACGAAUUCUCGAAUAAAGAGAAAUCAAAACUUGAAUCAGAGAAAAAGCCAAAGAAACCAAUUUCAGAUGUUGACCCCUCUAAGUUUAAGAAUAUUCGAUCAGAGGGAAGUAAAGAAUUGAAAUUGAAGAAAGAGAAAGCUAAGAAAUCGUGUGAAAAAAAGAAAAAGAGUUCGAAGUCGGAUGAAUCUAAAUCGAUAGAAGAAAACCCUGUAGAAAAACAUUCGCAUAAAAAGACGUCUGAUGGUAAUAAAAAGGUACCGAUUGUAAGUUCACAUGCCAGCGAUCAAAGUGAAGUUAAGAAAACAAGCAGUCAUAAUAUUCAUGAAAAUUUAUUUAAACUUCAAACUGUUGAAACGUGCUCGGGAAAUGCAGAAGCAACAAUUGAUAGCAAAACUCUACAAAAACAAGUUAAUACCCAUUCCGUGGUAAGACAAAACAACCAAGUGCUCACUGAUAGCAACAGAGAAACAGUAAGCAUUAAUAAAAACGUUGCAGUACAAGAUAAUGAGAUAAUUAUUUCGAACCAGCAGGUUUUAAAUGAAGAAAUAGCAAGAUCCCAGGACCAAAACUUAAUAAGCUCAGAAAAUGCAAAAAAAGAUGGUGAAUCAAAUAAAGAAAUGGAAGAACAUCCGACUAAAGUCAAUGAAAUGAGUAUGUUUGCUGAAUCUAUGCCCGCUGUAACCUUGAACAAACAAAAGGAUAUAUGUAACGACAUGUCAUCAGUAGGUUCAACGUCUGUUGGUCAUAUUCAAUCAAUUCCCACUGAAAAAUGUAUGACAAGUACACCACCUCUUGUUUCAAACUAUGUUAGCGAAGAAUCUCAUUCGUUAAGCGAACAAAUCGAUGUUGAUAUUGAGAAACACGGUCAUACAAUCAAUACUAAAAAUUUGCAAAAUCCCAAAACAGCUGAUAAUUCUACUUUGGAUACGAGAAUCCAUUCGAAAGUUAUUGUCAAAAACUACGAUAUGAAUGUAGAAACGAUUGAUGUAGAAGAGCAGGAUAGGACUAUAUUUCGGUUAAGCCAAAAAUUAAGAACUUUGGAUAAUUUUACUAAAGUACUAAAAAACGAAGUGAAAUCUCCAGAUAGUCGGAGUAGUCCGUUUAAGGGUUUUCUCGCGGAUACCAUCGAUAACGAUAUUUGUCAAGUAUCUCUAUUAUAUCAUACAAAGAUGAACAAUACAAAUAUCAAGGAAAACACGACAAAAGAAGACAAAGAUCCCAACCAAUGCGUACAAACGUGUUUCAAUGAUAAAUCCAUUAUAGAAUCGAAAGACGAAACGAAAGGUGGCGAAGAAGAUUUUUCUGAGAAAAUGGACGAAGAAAACGAAACAUCCUCAAUUUCUAAUUUAGCAGAAGAGCAACAAAAUGUUACAGAGAAAACGACAGAUCAUAGCUUAAAUGUGGAAGAUAAUACCAAGAUUGAUGAUACGACGUUGGAAAUUAAGGAUAAAGAUAUAACAACGGAAAAUGAUCAAACUUGUGAUCUUUCUGCACAGUCGAAAUUUUUAUUUCUAGCUAACGUAGACAAUGGUCACGAUACACUUGACGAAGAUAACCAGUCAUUCAUUGUUUUAGACGAAUAUAUAGAUGAAACAGAUGAAAAAUCGAUCAAGAAAUUGAGUUCUGUUGACUUAGAUCUCGAAGAUUGCAUUGCGCGAGAUGCAGAUGUUUUUACGACUAAAUCAUUGCAAAAAUUUACCGCUGUUUCUCCACCGGAGUUAUUUGCGGCUGCAGAGAAGACUGGAAAUACUACAAAUCUAUUUUUUCCUAUACUUCCAUCAAACGAGAAUUUAGAGGCAAAUUCAAAAAUAUUAAAAACUACUAAACCUAUUAAUUCAAUUAAUUCAGAAAUUUCAGUAGAAUAUCCACAAAAUAUUAUUAAUGCAACAUCUGAAAAUAUUUCUCAAAAAUGUGCAACGAUCGAACCAUCAUCGAUUACAGAAAUAAGAGUCGAAGAGAGGAAUGAACAUUGUACAAAUGUAUCAGAGGAUAAUUUACUGCAUAAUCUUCAAUCUUCUUGCGCAACCGAACCAGUAGUUACAUCCCUUGAGAGUGAAAGUUCACAAAAUUUAAAUGUUCCAAUAAAAAUUGCCAGGAGAAAGUCCACAGAGAACUUUGAGAAUACUGCACCAAUACCUGAAACAAAUAAAGAACUUCUAGAACUGAAGAAACAACAGCAAGUGGAUAAUAACUUACUAGAUAAGCAAAUAUCAGUUCCUUGUGAAAUAAGUACGUCCAUUGAUAGAAAUUUAUCUAUCGAUUGUAAUAAAGAAUACGAGGCACGAAUUUCGAAUAAGUUGAAUAAAAAAGACAAGAGUAAGACUUUAAAUAACAUAGACAAUAAAUCAAAAAAGAAAUACAAGAAACGGAAGCCUACUACUUCAAAGAAGAUAGUGAAGGAAGCAAUGACAUCAGAUAAUGUAAAAAUUAAACAUCCAACCAUGAAAGAAGCUGUCAUGGCUAGGAUGAUCGAAAUCGAUGUUGAAAUCCAUAAAUUAAUGACAGAAAAGAUGACCCUCUACCAAAUGUUAACAAGCGAUACUUUACCGAACGACAAUAAUUUACAACAAAAUAACGUGACGCGUGAAGACAUAGAAGUUGAAACGCCGGUAAUUAGACCUCGAACUCCAUCCACGUUAAUGACACAAUUACUUCAGAAUAUCGAACCUAAUCCAGUAGCAAAUCAAUGUGCCAAGACAACUACGGAAAGUUCACCUACAAAAGAAAGUCCGAUUAAUCCUAUACAGCCAAAUAAAUCUAAGACAUUGUAUAAACACGAUCAUCAUGCGGAGAAAAGGGGAAGUUGUACUUCUACUUGUGGUUCCGAUGAUGAAGAGAUGGCAUAUCAUGCCGAAAAUACUAAAUCAUCUAAAAAAAGAAAAAGACAAAGCUCUGAAACCGUGGUGGUUAAAAGAUUGGAAAAUAAAUCAGAUAGUCAAAAUGUAUGCACCAAGGACACACAAAGUACAGUUACAGAGAAGAAGCAAGUUAAUAACGCAAUAAAAGCAACCCUAAAAAAAAUCAAUACGAAACGAACAACAAUAGAACAAAAUUCUGAUCAGGUUUCAGCGAAUGAAACUAUAUUCCAAGAAGAUAUCAAUAAAGAUAUAAUUAAAUCUCAAGAGACUGAAAAUAUUGGAAUAUCUGUGGAACCUCAAAUACUCAAUGAAGACACUAUUGAAAUAAGAAUACCAGAGCUUAAUAAAGAAAAUUACUUAACAAAAGAUUGUGAAGAUAAAGAUGAAACCUCAAACAAGACAAGUAACGACGUAGAUUUAGUAGAAAAACCAAUGGAGAACAAAACACCAGAAAGGUCAUCGAUAUAUUCGGAUGACAGCACUUGGGAUUCUCUUCUUCAGAAUCCAAGCACAGAUGAUCAAAAGAAAUCAAACACUGGCCUUGCUUUGUUAGAGGAAACGUAUAAGAAAGAAAUUGCGAAAACGCGAAGAAUAAGAGCCGAAGCGCGAAGAAAGAAAAAGAAAAAAUUAAAGAAUUUGUUACAGAUUGUGAAUACUUUAACUCCUGACGAGGAGGAGUUACCACUGUCAGCUUUAUAUGCUAGAAAAUUGCAUCAAAAGAAACAAUUACUGGAUUCUUUUGAACAGCAAACUAAACAACAAACAGGUAAUGAUCCACAACUGUGGAAAAAUGUAGUUGAAGUGAUAAACGCAGUAGCAGAAAACAGAACAAAAGAUCUUUAUGUAGAGUCUUCGGAAAAACGGUUAACUAAUUGCUCUGAAAGUGUCGUAUCCGCUAUACCAAAUCCAGACGUAAACUCUGAAUUUAGAGAUAAGGAAAAACAGAUUAUAAAUUCCUCACUAAGAAAUAUUAAAGAAGUUUGCAUCGAACCAUUGGUCGAUGUUAACAUUUCUGACAAUAAAAAUGAAAGGAAUAAUGUUUCGAAGAAAGAUGAUUUACAAAUGUUAUCUAGUAAAUCGCAAGAAUUUUUAAAUAAUGAAUACUUCCAACAAGAUUUGGAAAUCAGUGUGUCAUCAAACAUUGUAAUGAAUUUAUCCGAAACAUGUACAGAUGAUACAUCUAUAAAUAUCGAAGCAAAUUUAGUAAAAUCCUUUGUACAGCAAGAUGUAGAAAAUGAUAACGUGAAAAUCAAUCGAUCGACCUCGAUAAAAGAUUCAGAUUCGUGUCUUACGGAAUCAAAUUCAAAUAAUGUUCGCGAUGGUCAGAAUAUCUCGAACGUCUUGGAAUAUUCGGAAAAAGCUGAAAGAAAAACUAAUAUGGAAACUAUGGAGUCUACUUUGCAAAACAGACUAAGUAAUACUGAUGAGAAUAUUGCAACACAGGAACCUACCAACAGUCAAUUCGUAAGAACAUCUGAAGAUACUCGAAAUAAUUAUGAUACUUCAACUGAAUCUAACAAUGAUAAAAAUAUUGAUAUUAUGGAUGAAACUACAUCAAAGGAUAAAUUUGGUUCUAAGCUAGAAAACGUAAAUGAAGCAAAUAUGCAAGAUUCCUUAGUUUUGUACGAUGUAGAUAAUAAUGUUGACAAUACUGCUGAAGAAUUCAAUUGUAUACCUCAAAAUGAACGCCUUAUAAGUCUCAGAGAACAUAAAGAAUCACAUAAAAGAAAAGAUAUUGAGCGAUUUGAUAAGACUGCAUGCGAAGAAAAUAAUAAUCAGAAUUGCGCAUCUGUUUCUUCUUUUACUGAGAAUACAGAAGCAUUAAAAAGCGAUGAAGUACUAAGUAAGAAAUCGUGUAAGCAUAAGAGAGGCGGCACCAAGACUGCAAUUCGACGAAGCUCGAGAUAUGCCGAAGAACCUAUGAAACGCGUAAAAGUAGAGAUUGAUGUAACCGUCCCAAAUAUUGAGCAGGAGGAAAAGAAUUUCAGGAUGCAGUUUCCAAGUACAUCACCGUGCGAAGAAGUCGAAACUAUAUUAAUAAAUUCUAGAAGGAAUCGUAAUAUUCAAAAGCCAAUAACGAACAGAAAGCGACGCACACCUAUUCUUUCAGAAGUUGAUGUUGUAACACGUGAAUUGAAUUCAAAUAAUGAAUCUUUAAAAGGAAUUAAAAGACAGAAAAAACAUACAAUGUCCGAAAUGAUGAAUUGCAUGGUACGGAUAGUAGAUUGUAGACAUACGAUUUUGAAUCCGAAUGUAAACUUAGACGUAUUACAAAACUAUGGAAUAUCCAAAAUUAACACAUACGUCUAUUCUAACCCUACUCAAAUGGAUUCUUCCGUAAGUCUUAUGGAGUCAACAUCAACAAAAGAUUUGCCUACUGUAUGCAAGACAACAUCAUUGAGUGAAUUACCACGAAGUCAGGCUUUAAAAUUGAUUAAAAAAUUUGAUGAUACAACACGACUUGUUAAUGAUCAAAUAAAUUCAAUUAAAAUUAAGAAAAUACCAAGAUCUACAAAUCUGGAUCCACCUGUAAGUAAUAAAGAAGAAUGUGCAGACCCCGAUAUCGAAGUUAUGCCAGUUUUAGCAAAGGAACCUAUUACUGUGGACAUUAUACAGAAUUGUGAUAAGCCAGAUAUUGAGAUUGUGGAAGAAAAAACGAUAGUUACUAAGAAUCAACAACACGGCAAGUCUGGAUCAACAUUGACUGCAAUAGAUAUAAAUGACGAUAAAGAACUACCGAGGACGCAAUAUACGGUCCAUAAAGGUCCUAUUUUAGAUAUUAAGGUUUUUGAGAAUUCAUUCCUAGCCGCAAGUGAAGAUGGCAGAAUAUACAGGUACAAUCAAGCAUCUAAUGGAAUAUUAAACAUCUACAAAGGUCAUCAAGCAGCAGUAACUUGUUUAUAUGUAUACAAUACAACUAGCACAGAUAUUAGCAAAGAAUGGAUGUUCUCUGGUUCACUGGAUGGAACCUUACGAUGUUACAACAUAAUGACUGGAGUACAAGUGAGAGAUACAGCAGAUAUAGGUAGCCCCAUACAAUGUAUGGAUGAAGCAUGGGGAAUAAUUUUUAUUGGUACUAAGUCAGGGCAUGUAUCACGCUAUCAUAUAAAGUCAGGUGCUAUUAAAGGAAACAGCAUACAGUUCUCAGAUAAGUCUGUAUUAGCUUUAAAAGCAACUAAUGAGGGUCCACGAAGAGUUCUUAUCGUAGCAUCACGUAGUCAACCGAUAACGAUACGAGAUGCUCAAAAUGGCCUAUUUCUUCGCACAAUUUGUGGUCAAAAAAGUCACACUGUGUAUAGUUUGAUGCGUGAUAAUCAUUUGAUUUAUUGUGGUACAAGUAGCACAUCUAUACUUGUCUUUGAUUUUACGAAUGGCGAACAAACAAUGCAGUAUGAUGCUGGUGUAGGAAUUGUAUGCAUGCGUCUGUACAAACAACUAUUGUUUGCCGGUUGUUAUGAUGGAAAUAUUUAUGUAUUUAAUACAAAGGAUCAUCAACUUGUAUGCAGUAUACCUGGACCUGGUAAUAUGUUAUUAAGUAUGGAAGUCAUAGACAAUAAGAUCAUAGCUGGUAGCAAAGAUAAACGUUUGCAAUCAUGGCAAAUGCCACGACAAGUACGAUCUUUGCUAUAGAAAGUGAAUCAAGUUUGAAUUGACAGAUCCUAGUCUAGUCGUACUACGAGGGAAAAGAUUAUUAAAUUUGGAGUACAAUCUGCCUACGAAAUCAUUGUACAGACUCAGAGGAGUUACUUUGUAAUAUAUAUACAUAUAUACAUUUUAUUUGCGAGAAAAUGCACAUAAGUAAUAUAUAUAAAUAUGUUUGUACAGAAAAUUAGGUAAAUUAUUAAUAUUGCGACAAAAUCAGUACACUUAAAAAACGUGGUAAAUUCUUGUUCUUUAUUCCAUUUUGUAAACUCGCGCUAGUAGGGAUAAGCGUACCUUGUGCCUUGUGCGUAACAUGUGUGCGAAAUGCUUUUUUUCAUAUUCUUUAAUAAUGAUACAAGAGACAUAAACGUGAUUACAAAGGAGUGCUCCAUUUAUCGUUCAAAGUUUUUGAACCUUUGCACUUGUUACUUUUUCUUUUGUAUUUGGAUAUAUAUUUAGAAUGUUAUAUGAAUAUGUACCUAUAAAACAGUAACACAGCAAGUGUAAAUGCUAAUAAUAAUUAUAUUUAUUGUUUUAUAUUAAAUUUGUAGGUGGCCUGACAGCAUUUCGCAAUUUGCUUGAUUAAUGCAAAAGAUUGAGGUGUGUAAAGCCAACUUGUACGAAAACAUCUAUUUAAAUUAAAUCAAUAAGAAGUGUGAGUUUCAUCGCAUCGAUGGAAUUCCCGAAUAAGAACCAAUGUAAUAAUUUGUUUUGUUGAACUUAUAUUUUUCUUUGUCAAUUGUUAUGUUAUUUUUUAGGCCUUAUUCCGUAAUUCAUAAUUAUUUUAUACCUUUUAUCUUAUAUUAUUAUGAAGUAACUAGUAAAAGAAAGAUGUGUUUCUACCGAUGUUAUUAACAAAGAAUGUUAGAAUGUGAUUAUAAUGAAAUGUAUAUGUUAAAGAAACAAACCUGUCUAUAUUAUAUAUUGUAAGAAAUGUAAAAUUUUUUAAAAAAAUGCACAGUGUGCAAACAAGUUCUAUGCAAUUGUGGUUUAUCUUUAACAUAUAUUAUUUCGUUCAUUUCGCAUUGUACUUAUAAAAAUAAUCAUUUACAUGCACAUCACUGAACCUACUACGUUGUAUUUUACAAAUUUAUUGUGUACCUAGUAUUUGUUACAUGUAACAAUAAAAUAUUGUUCUCGUA